CUGUCACUUCGUUCUUUCAAGUCCAAACUGCACCCGAACCAAAACACGUUUCCGUGUUGUUCGUGCCGAAAAUCGGCAAUUUUCCAGUGAUUUUCCUCCGGUAAAUUUGUGCGCACAGUUCCUCGGCCAUCAUGACGGCCCGGUCCAAAUCUCGGCGGGACAAAAACAACCGCAUCCGCCGCGCCAAGAACAAGGUGAAGGAGCUGAAAAAACUGAAGAAAACUCUCGGCCUCAUCGACGACGACGGAAUGGAGAUUAUGGAAAAGGUGAAGGACAUCACCGAGCAGCAGAAGAAGAAGGAGGAAGAGGAGAAAAUCAAACAGGAAGCCAUGGAUGAGAUCAUUCGCAAGGAAACCGGUGAACUGGGACUGGAAACGGAAGAGUUCGUGGAAGUGGAACACCAGGAAUCGAAAGUGAAACACAAAUACAACGCCAAAACGAAACGGGACCAGUUCGGUCAGUAUCCGGUGUGGUACAAUGCCCGGAAGGAGCGCCGGAAGCAGCUGCUGAUCGAGGGUAAGAUCAAGAAGAAGCGCGGCCGUCCGGGAAGGAAGAUGCACUUCAUCGAUGCCACAUGCAACUGGAGAGGUAUCGUUUGAAUUUCUUUCCGGGGAGAUUCAAACACUUGGUUUAAUUUUCUUGGCUAAUUAUUUGGUUUAAGUUUAUUCUUACGCGCUACUUUUUUUCUGUAAACUGGAGGAAACACUUAUAUAAAUAAACAAUGUUUCAAAAAUGAAAUAA